GUUGAAAUAGAGCGAGCCAGACUUACCAUGAAGUUAGCCAAGAUAAAAGAAGACCAAGGUGACAUUACAGAAGCAGCCAAGAUUUUACAAGAACUCCAGGUGGAAACGUUCGGUUCUAUGGAGAAGAAGGAAAAAGUAGAGUUUAUUUUGGAACAGAUGAGGUUAUGUCUUGCAAAUAAAGAUUAUAUUAGAACACAAAUCAUUAGUAAGAAGAUUAGUACUAGAUUCUAUGACAGUACUGACAACGAUGUACAGGAGCUGAAGCUGAAAUAUUACAAGUUGAUGAUUGAACUAGACCAACAUGAAGGUUCCUAUCUUGCAAUUAGUAAACACUACAGAGCUUUGUAUGAUACUCCAAUUAUUAAAGAAAAUAAAGAAAAAUGGCAGGAGGCUUUCAAGUCACUACUCUUGUUUUUAUUGCUUUCACCAUAUGAUAAUGAACAAUCAGAUCUUAUGCAUCGUAUUAGUGAAGAUAAGAAUUUAGAUGAUAUACUUGUGUAUAGGAAUCUGUUAAAAUGUUUCACCACUUCUGAGUUAAUGAGGUGGCAGCAAGUGUGCUCUAUUUAUGAAAGGGAAUUGAAGGUUGGUAGCGCUAACAAUCCAUGCACCAUGGUGUUUGAAGACACUGAUGAUGGUAAGAAGAGAUGGGAUGACCUCAGAAUACGAGUUGUGGAACAUAACAUGAGAGUCAUGGCUAAAUACUACACCAGAAUUACUACAAAGAGAAUGUCCCAAUUGUUGGAAUUAUCUGAAAAUGAAACUGAGGAGUUUUUAUCCAAUCUAGUGGUAAACAAAACUGUGUAUGCACGCAUAGACAGACUGGAAGGUAUCGUCAAUUUUUCACAGCACAAGGACCCUAAUGAUAUUCUAAAUGAAUGGUCUUAUAAUCUGACACAGCUAAUGCAGUUAGUCAACAAAACCACACAUCUCAUCAACAAAGAAGAAAUGGUCCAUCAAUUCCACCAGUGAUGAACUCAACCCGAACUAGCUCAACUUCCAGUAACUAUUUCUCUUCACUGUUGCAUCAGAAACUAUUAUCAUUUCACCUGCUCGCUUUCUUUAUUAUGUGUUAUAGCAAAAAUAUUGUUCAGAGUUUGUAAGCAAUGUCAAAAUGACAUUUUUGUACUAAUCAUUUUCAGACGGGAAAGGUAAUUUGUAUAUUUCAACAUUUAUUAGAAACUCUCGCGAUGUGUAAUUUCUUUUAAUAGUACCAUGAAUCCUACCAUAUUUGCUCUUUUAGAAGUGAAAUUGUUAGCUUUAAUUUGCAAGCAAAUUUUAUUUCAAAUGUGAUGUGGACUGUUUGAACAGUUCAUGUUUGUACUUCUUAAUAGCAAAUGUGUUACUGAUUCUAAAUUAGAAAGUGUAACAUAAUGGUUUUAUUUAUUGUCAUAGUCCUAUCAUUGUAGACUAUAAACAGAGUAUACAAAUAGUGUGAUAAACGCCAUUCUUAAGGUACUGCGCUGAUAAUGGUUGUCAUGUGUUGGCAGAUAGUUUAAUAAAAACUUCCAUACGCA